CUGAGUAAAUUGCAAUUAGCUCUGCACACAUACUUCUCAAACGCAGUAUCAAGUGGUAGUCAUCGAUUUUCAUCAGCCGCGGCAACACCAUUUGAAAUAUGGAUAGAUUUUUACUCGUCUCGAUUUGGAUUGUUGCGUCAAUAUCUUCAAUCAGCGCAGACGAGGGUCCACAGUGCACGCUGGAUAAUCUUGGUAUCUUCGAAGUUUGCGUCGACUCCGAGGUGAUAACAUCCGUCAAUCAAAAACAAGAUUCUCAGAGUCUCUCAUUAAUUGUAGCCAAUGUCUCCGCCAUAGCUCCAUAUGCAUUCCGAGAAGUGAAAAUCCAUAAGCUCAAGUUAUGGGGCAAUCUGAAUUCGUGGAACUGCACGCCGAAGGUCAUCAAUGUAACGCCAGAAUCAUUUGAGGGCUUGUCUGACAUCACUUCCCUCGAGCUGAAAUGUUUGGAGUUUCCAGUGGAAUUGAAUCCUUUCAAACAUCUCGAAGCACUUGAAGAUCUCCGAUUGACAGGAGUUGACUUCUCGAAACUGGGUGACGAAUUUUUCGCUGACUUUCCAAAUCUCAAUGUAUUAAAAUUAAUCGACUCAAAAAUUACUAUCAUUACUCCCAAAACAUUCUCAAAAAUUCCUGAACAACUCAAGCAAUUAUGGAUAAUACGUGGGGUAAGCGCUAUUGAACCGAAGUCUUUUGAGAGAUUUCGUAAUUUGAAAGGUCUGGGGCUGCAUGAAGGUCAGUUAGCUAGUCUAUCAUCUGGAAUUCUUCAUGGUCUUCAUCAGUUGGAACACCUGAAUUUGCAGAAAAAUGGUAUCCAAGAGAUAGCUGCAGAUGCAUUCAGUGGACUACCCAGUUUGAAAACUCUCUAUUUGACUUCAAACCAGAUAAAGGAACUAGAACCGUUUACCUUUGCUGGAUUGAACGUCCAUCAUCUUGCUCUGUCGUACAACCAAUUGGAGCAUCUGACUACUGGAGUCUUUCAGAAUCUUCGACAUCUGAGUUAUUUGGACCUCGAUUUCAAUCACAUAACUAACAUCGACUCCCAGAGUUUCGAAGACUGCCCUAAACUUGCGAUGCUCAAUUUGGAUUCCAAUAUUAUACAGCACAUCGAGCCGAGAGCAUUUUCGGGUCUAAAUCUCCACACGCUCGAUUUGACAGAUAAUAACAUCAGUGUUUUGGGAAGCGACACGUUCGCUGGUCUCCGUGUUGGUGAGAUAUUGGAUCUCCGUAAUAACAACAUCACGGAAAUUAAGCCACAGGCAUUCAGGAAUUUGAUAGCUCGAUGGGUAGCACUUUGUUACAUCAACGAGGCUGAGGUUGAUAGAGAUAGCUGGGGUGUGGGUAAUUCAAUUCAAAUGCUGGCCAUCGAUCGUUGUGGUCAUGUGUAGAAUGAUGAGGAUUUUGUGUAAGGCAUUUCAUUCGGCAACCAGAGAUGGGAUUCUCCGCGCGGAACAGAACUUUUUGGCGCCGUAGUCUUGGUGCCAAACAUAUUGUCGCCCGUUUUUCUGGCCCCUAUAGAAUUUUUGGUACUUUAUGUCAUCAAUAACAACACUUCAGUAUCUUUGGAAGAAUUUUUUUUUAUAUUUUACUGAAAAGAAUUAUUAUUUCAAAUGAUCGAUAUUUCUGUUUUUCGUAUUUUCUUAUAUAGUAUACUUUCUAUUAAAAAAAAAUAUUGCAUUAA